AUGUCCGAACAAAUUACACACCCAACGAUUGUCGAUGGCUGGUUCAGAGAAAUCUCUGAUACCAUGUGGCCCGGUGAAGCCAUGACUUUGAAGGUGGACAAAGUUCUUCACCACGAGAAGUCCAAGUACCAGGAUGUCCUGAUCUUCAAGUCUACCGAUUUUGGUAACGUCCUUGUUCUAGAUAACGCCAUCCAGGUUACUGAGCGCGAUGAGUUCUCUUAUCAGGAAAUGAUUGCCCAUUUAGCAUUGAACUCCCACCCUAACCCAAAGAAGGUUUUGGUCAUUGGUGGUGGUGAUGGUGGUGUCCUCAGAGAAAUUGUCAAGCACGAGUGCGUCGAGGAGGCCGUCCUAUGUGACAUUGAUGAGGCUGUCAUCAGACUGUCAAAAAAGUACCUGCCAGAUAUGUCCAAGUCUUACGACCAUCCAAAGGUCAAGGUCCACAUUGGUGACGGUUUCCAGUUCUUGAAGGAGUACCAGAACACUUUUGACGUUAUCAUCACGGACUCUUCCGACCCAGAGGGUCCAGCUGAAACUUUGUUCCAGAAGCCUUACUUCGAAUUGCUAAACGAUGCCUUGACCGAAAAGGGUGUCAUCACCACUCAAGCUGAAUCGUUCUGGAUUCAUCUGCCAAUUAUCAAAGACUUGAAAAAGGCCUGUAAGGCCGUGUUCCCUGUCGCUGAAUACGCAUGGACUUCUAUUCCAACUUACCCAACUGGUAUGAUUGGUUUCAUGGUCUGCUCCAAGGACAAAUCCGUAAACGUCAAGAAACCAUUACGUGAAAUUUCCAGCGCGGAGGAAGAGAAACUGUACAGAUACUACAGCAAGGACAUCCAUGCGGCAUCCUUUGUCUUGCCAACAUGGGUCGCCAAGGAAUUAGAAUGA